UUUCGAAAAAAAAAGUCACUCAUUCUUAUCUUUUACUUAUAUACUUAUGCAUUCAACACUUUGUCUUUUCGCAAAAAAACAGUUAACACAACAUUUAAGAAGAGGUUUAUUAGGUGGUACUCGAGCAAAGUACUUUUACCCCAUUAAAGAGCCCAAACUAACCCUUCCUUCACCACCGAAACUAAAAACCGAGAAAGUGAAAGAAACCGUACCUUGGAAUACCCAGGCGACAUAUAAACAAGCAUUAAAAGGUUUAUAUGGAGGCAAACAUAUACAAUUUGGUAAUAAAAUAAGUGAAUUUGGUAAUAAGUCAAGAAGAACAUGGAAACCAAAUGUACAAAAAGUUAAAUUAUAUUCUGAAGCGUUAAACGAGCGAAUAACGAUUAAAAGUACACCUGCAGCUCUUAAAUAUAUCGAUCGGAAAGGUGGAUUGGAUAGAUAUAUUAUGUCCAUGAAAGACAAUGAAUUAGGUAAAAAAAUGUAUGAUUUAAAAUAUAAAAUUAAAAGUAAAUUAGCUGAUCUUGAUAGAGAACGAUUAGCUAAACCUGGUGUUACGAUGAAUGGGGGUGAAAGAGAGAUAGAUGUGAGCCAAGUAGAGCAAUAAUCAACAUCCAUUUUACUAUAAUGGGUUAUACUGUUUAUCUGGUUUAAUGAGCUUCAUAUGAUUUAGUCUCAACUUUUUGUUGUAUCAAAAAGCUUACGUUUGAUAAAGUCAUUCUAAUUUGAAACGUGUGGAAAAUCGAUCGGAUUAAUUUUAUGGAAAAAUUUUUAAUCUUGACCAGAUUUACAUCCGGUGUAUGUAACUCAUAUUAAUUAGUUAAAAUAUACUAAAUAUACUGUAAUACUUUAUUUUUUUUUGACAAAGGAUAGGAUGAACUAAUAAUAAAUUUCCCCUUAAUUACUCCCUUAAAUACAAUAAUAAUUUUGACGUAAAUAUCUUCACUGAAAGAAAAAAAAAACCUUUAAUUACAAAGAAAAAAAAUUUUGGGGGUAAAAAUUCUAAUCCAAUAUAUAUAAUUACACUAAUAAUACAUAUCAACCUAAAAAUGUCCAAAUAAAGUCCCAUUGAUUGAUAAAAGAACAAAAAAAGAAACAUUAUAA